AUGUUCACAACCUGGCCUGCUCGUAGGCACGCGUGCAGCUCCCUUUUCUGCCACCUGAAUGGCGUCGGGAGCGCCAUGCUCUACCGCAUGCUGGACGCGGUGACGUCGGUGAAAUGCGAGACGCGACGGGCUCGCAAGCAGAUCAAGGUGCUCCAGGCCCUGGACGUGGCCGGGACGCAGCUGUAUCACUUCACCACCAUCGUCAUCGCCGGCAUGGGUUUCUUCACCGACGCCUACGACCUCUUCUCUGUCUCCCUCAUCGCCGACCUCCUCGGCCGUAUCUACUACAAUUCAGCGGACGGCAAGCUCCCCAGCGACGUCGCAGGUGCCGUCAGCGCUGUGGCUCUCUGUGGCACGCUCCUGGGGCAGCUCUUCUUCGGCUGGCUCGGCGACAGGAUGGGGCGGAAGCGAAUCUACGGCGUCACGCUCAAGCUCAUGGUGGUGUGCUCGCUCGCGUCCGGCCUCUCCUUCCACUACAAGCCCAAGUGCAUCAUAGCCACGCUGUGCUUCUUCCGCUUCUGGCUUGGCUUCGGCGUCGGCGGCGACUAUCCGCUCUCGGCGACCAUCAUGUCGGAGUACGCCAACAAGAGGACUCGCGGGGCCUUCAUCGCCGCGGUCUUCGCCAUGCAGGGUCUUGGGAAUUUGGCUGCUGGUGCCGUCGUUCUGGCGCUCUCCGCGAGAUUUAAGAACACGGCCGCGUACGAGACUGACCCAGUUGGGCAAGCGGACUACGUAUGGCGCAUCGUGCUCAUGCUCGGCGCCGUUCCUGCACUACUCACCUAUUACUGGCGCAUGAAGAUGCCUGAGACGGCGCGCUACACCGCGCUCAUCGCCAAGAACCUGAAGCUCGCGGCGUCGGACAUGGCCGCGGUCCUCGACAUCGACAUCGUGCCCGAGAAAGAAGAGGCGGACGCCAUAGAGAGGCAUGAAGAGUACGGCCUGUUCUCCAUGGAUUUCCUUCGCCGCCACGGCCGCCAGCUCCUCAGCACCACCGUGUGCUGGUUCGUCCUCGACGUCGUCUUCUACUCGCUUAACCUCUUCAUGAAGGACAUCUUCAGCGGCAUCGGCUGGUUUGGGGACGCGAGCCAGAUGAGCCCUCUCGAGCAGACUUACGAGAUAGCCCGCACGCAGGCCAUCAUCGUGGUCAGCGGCUCUCUUCCGGGGUACUUCCUCACCGUCCUCCUCGUCGACCGCAUCGGCCGCAUCAAAAUCCAGCUCAUGGGCUUCACCAUGAUGACCAUCUUCAUGAUCGGCCUCGCUGCCUCCUACAAGUUCUGGUCCAGUCCCAGCAUGCACGCGGGCUUUGCCAUCAUGUACGCCUUCACCCUCUUCUUCGCCAACUUCGGCCCCAACUCCACCACCUUCAUCCUGCCGACCGAGAUAUUCCCCACGCGGCUGCGCUCGACGUGCAACGGCAUAUCAGCUGCCGGGGGCAAGUGUGGUGCCAUCAUCGGCGUGCUCUGGUUCCAGUACUCAGAGACGAGUACCCGCAGCUCGCUGCUUCUGCUCGCAGGCUGCAACCUGGUUGGAAUUUUGUUCACGCUUGCCUUGCCGGAGACCAAAGGGAUGUCACUCGAGGACAUCACCGGGGAGAUGGAGGAAGUGAGCGAGCCAUCAGAAGAAUCUGCCACCGUUGCUGAAGCUGAGUUCAUCCACAGCGUGGAAAUUUCGUGA